ACAGUGACUUCUCUGAAUCAAAACAAUUAUCUGUCAGAGAUAGGUUAAUCUAGUAGCUGUCAUUUCAAUCAGGUUGACAUGUUGUUUUACUGAAUAAAACCAAAUCCUUGCAGUAUUUGUAAUAGCCGUAACUUUAAAUCAGUAAAAUGACUUCCAAAUCCGAAAUCACGUUGGAACAUUUUUACAUUUUUAAUGGCACGUAUGCAAAAAAAGAAGGAGAGGAGGAAAAGAAAAUAUUAUAUUAUUAUCCAGAAAAAGAUUUGGAUGUCCAAAUUAAGAACAUAGGACUCAGCGAAGCAAUAAUCAAGUUUACAGAAUCUUUCAACCCUGGGCAACCGUGUGACUAUUGCCACACACAUAAAACACGUCAAAUAUAUUAUCAACCAGAACCUAAUUUUUGGAUGGUAAUGAUUGUUGGUAUACCAUAUAUUUAUAAAGAACGGGAUGGUAAUAAGUAUCAAAACGAUGAGGUCUCCAGUGGUGUUUGCCAAGCUAUAUUAAAACAGACAUAUAUGAUGUUUAGAUUAUUUAUGGGCUCUUUUGAAACUAUUAUUAAUGAUCCGGAAUGUGGAUCUGUAAUGUUAUUGAAACUGAAACUGGAACAUUUUUAUUCACGAUACCUCCUUCAACUAAAACUAAAUAAUAGCGACAUCUUAGACGUUUUUCAAGGUUUACAAUUUUUACCUCUUGAUAAGAUCACAUUUCUCAAGGUGCAAUGUUUUAUGAAUCUUGUAGAAGCUAUGUUUACACAAGUAAAAUACACAGCAUUUCUUUACAAUGACCAAGUUGUUUGGAGCGGAUUGGAACCUGAAGAUAUGCAAGUGGUUUAUAAUUAUUUAGUGAGUACUAUUUUGCCCGCACAUCUUGAAAAAGAAUUACACGGAGGCUCAAUACCUAGAAACUCUUCUUCACCAUUCACAACUUCACAUUAUGGAAAAUUUGUUACUGGGCCUGCUAGUGUUAACGAGCCCAGUUUAAUUGGAAAAUCACCUAAAGUUUUUAUCAAUUAUUCCAGUAAACCGGUAUCAUUAUAUUUAGUAGUGUAUCGAGCAUUAAGUGCUACAAUAUGUCUCUUUGUUGAUAAGAAAACUAGUUUAUUGAUUGAUUUUUUCAAAAGCUUAGAUGGUUUUCUAGGCCCACAGUUAACCACGCUGGUUAGUUCUGUAGCUGAGCAAUGCUCUAAAAAUGUAACAGCCACAUCAGAAUCGUGUAUAAAGUAUUUGUAUUUUAAUAAGCUAAAUCUAGCAUACAAAAGUACAAUACAUUUAGAUAAUAGACGUUGUUCCAAUGUACUUACAACACCUGAAGUAUUGAGGAUCAUCUCCGAUAUGUACAAUGACAAAAAUAGGUUGAACGAAGCUGGAGAAAUAAUUAUAAAGACUAUGAGCGAUUAUUGGAUUAUUGGGAAAUUAUCCAAUUUGAGAGAAUUUUUUGUCGUUAUACAGCAAAAAAGUGCAAGCAUUAUAGAAAUUGAUGAUGAAGUGAAGAGACUUUGUGAAAAACAAUUAAAAAGUAUUUUUUUCCAUUGAUGGGUCACCAAGAAUAAAAAAUAUAUAGUCGAAUAUUAUUUUAUCAUUUUUAUAAUUAAUUUUUUAUCGUGCUGUUUUGCCAGUUAUCAACAAGCAAUAUACAUUCUGUAAAGUGGUAUCUCAAUUGUAGCUAUAUAAUUUAUACAUAUGUGAUAUAAAAUAUGAAUUUUCUCUUUA